AUGUUAUGUCGCUACUGCCACCAAGGCUACAAUAUAGCGCUCUGCGCCAAAAAGUUCAAAUCUACUCAUAGAAGCUCAAAUAGAGGACCAAGCGUCCAACUACUCCUACCAAGUAAGGGAGCAGAAGUAUUCAAUGCAAAUAAUCCAUCUAAAGUCACGAAGUUAAUUACUAAAAGCCAACAAACUUUAGCAGUUUUGCGGCUAUCAAACGAAAUUAUUAUUGAUCCUGUUGAUAUACUCAUUCUAAAAAAGAGCUCCUUGAUUAUAAGAGCAAAUACCAAGCCUAAGUUAACAUCUCAAAUAAAAUAUAUUUAUAAAAAUGGCAAUGAGGCAAAAUUCAACACAAAAAAGGCAUUGGUAUCAAGGAUUCCCUUGAAUCUUCUGAAGCCAUGGACACAUAUGAUCAGUUUAAGCAGAAUGUAUAGAAAAGCUCUAUGUAAACUGAGAUCGACUUGGAAUAGAUUAAGCAAAGAAUCCCAAAGAAUACAAAAACUGAUCGACAUAAAUGAAGAAAGUACACCUUUUAAAAGGUCAAUACGACCAAAUAAUCAAGGAUCAAUUAUAGGUCAUGCGCUAAACCAACUUUAUAAAGGUCCAUCUUUCAUUCUUCAAUUAAUCGCAGUGCUCUUAAGGCUAAGGAAGGGAGAAUUUCUUUUAAUGGGUUGGCCUCAACGACAAUCAAAGAGAUGUCACAAGAUUCCAUUGGCUAAAAAAAUGCCAAUCAACUCCCAUCUGAUGAUAAUCUUCUCAUCAUCUAUCGAUUUACUCGAGUUCCCGGCGGUAAUCAAAUUUCAUCUGGAAAUAAUUGACACUGAUCUUUCUAGACAGGUGAUCAAUAAUUUAUAUAUUGAUAACGUUUUCCUAACAUUUGAUGAUCAACAAAAAAUCAUCCAAUCUUACGAACAAUUUAGAAUUUUCAGCAAAGUAAUGAUGAACGUUCACAAGUUCAUCUCGAAUAGCGAAAAAAUUGAAUUUCAAGCAUUGAAUCCUGGCAAGAAUUUAUCUGAAGAGCAUCUAAAAACCUUAAUAGUAGAGAUCGAAAAUUUAGUUAAUCUACAUCCAUUAAUCGAGAUUUGGAAAUCUGAUUACAAUAACUCAUUGAAAGAAAUUAAAUGGCCUGUGGCAAAAAUUCUUGCUGUACAUGAUUCAUCUGAUAAUAACACCAUAAGAUAUGCCGCGAUACAAUUGGCAAAUGGCAAACAACUUUCGAGACCUAUUUCAUUACUCUACCAUUUAGAAAUAGACGAAAAGCAAUGUUGA